CCUGUGUUUUUCUGUUCAAACUCAUCAACGCUUUCUCUUCAACUGUAAGUUCAACUACAUUCUCAAUUCUCGGUCUUAUAUUUAUUUUUAUUUUCUUCACAUAUAUAAUUCCAAUAUACAUACACAAACAUAUCUAAUUUCAUCUGUACAUAUAUAUCUAAUAUCAUUUCAGUUAAUUCAUUUUUCAGAAUUAACAGAUCUGAUCUUAAUUUGAAGAAUUUUUCUUCAUUUUUAAUAUACACAUAUAGGUCUUAAUUGAUUUAUCAGAUUGUUAUAGAUAUGAAUACUACUUGUAUUGCUGUAUCGAAUAUGAGGCCCUGUUGUAGAAUGUUACUUAGCUGUAAGAAUUCAUCGAUUUUCGGAUACUCGUUUCGAAAAUGUGAUCAUAGAAUCGGGACUAAUUUGUCGAAAAAGCAAUUUAAGGUGUACGGUUUGCGAGGGUAUGUUAGUUGUAGGGGUGGUAAAGGUUUAGGUUAUAGGUGUGGGAUUGAUCCGAAUCGGAAGGGUUUUUUUGGUUCCGGUUCUGAUUGGGGACAGCCUAGGGUUUUAACGGGUGGUUGUCGUCGUGUUGAUAGUUGUGGUAGGAGUGUAGUUGUUAAUGUGGCAUCGGAUUAUAGGAAUCAUUCAACGUCGGUUGAAGGUCAUGUUAAUGAUAAGAGUUUCGAGAGGAUUUAUGUUCGUGGAGGGUUGAAUGUGAAGCCUUUGGUGAUUGAAAGGGUGGAGAAAGAGGAGAAAUUAAGGGAAGAGGAGGGUAGGGUAGGAGUUAAUGGUUUGAAUGUAAAUAUUGGUGAUUCGAAAGGUUUGAAUGGGAGUAAGGUUUUGUCUCCGAAGAGAGAGGUGUCUGAGGUCGAAAAAGAGGCUUGGGAAUUACUUCGAGGUGCUGUUGUUGAUUAUUGUGGAAACCCUGUUGGGACUGUUGCAGCUAGUGAUCCAGCUGAUUCCACACCACUCAACUAUGACCAGGUGUUUAUUCGUGAUUUUGUCCCCUCUGCUCUUGCAUUCUUGCUUAAUGGAGAAGGGGAGAUUGUUAAGAAUUUUCUGCUACAUACACUGCAAUUACAGAGUUGGGAAAAAACUGUAGACUGCCAUAGCCCUGGGCAAGGGUUGAUGCCCGCAAGUUUCAAAGUUAAAAAUGUGGCUAUUGAUGGGAAAAUUGGAGAAUCAGAGGAUAUUUUAGAUCCAGAUUUUGGUGAAUCAGCCAUAGGUCGUGUUGCACCUGUUGAUUCUGGGUUAUGGUGGAUCAUUCUGUUAAGAGCUUAUACUAAGCUCACAGGAGAUUAUGGGCUGCAAGCACGAGUGGAUGUGCAGACAGGAAUAAGGCUGAUACUUAAUCUUUGUUUAACAGAUGGAUUCGACAUGUUUCCUACACUGUUAGUCACUGAUGGUUCCUGUAUGAUUGACAGAAGGAUGGGCAUUCAUGGUCACCCUCUCGAAAUUCAAGCAUUGUUUUAUUCAGCUUUGCGUUGUUCUCGAGAGAUGCUCAUUGUCAAUGAUUCCACAAAGAAUUUGGUUGCUGCUGUCAACAACCGGCUUAGUGCACUGUCCUUCCACAUUAGGGAGUAUUAUUGGGUGGACAUGAAGAAGAUCAAUGAAAUAUACCGAUACAAAACUGAAGAAUACUCAACGGAUGCCAUCAACAAGUUCAACAUCUAUCCGGAUCAAAUACCCUCUUGGCUGGUAGACUGGAUACCUGAGUCGGGAGGAUAUCUCAUUGGCAAUCUGCAGCCAGCUCAUAUGGACUUUAGAUUCUUUACCCUUGGAAAUCUUUGGUCUAUUGUCUCAUCACUGGGUACACCAAAACAAAAUGAGAGCAUUUUAAAUUUGAUCGAAGAUAAAUGGGACGAUCUUGUGGCACAUAUGCCCUUAAAAAUAUGUUACCCUGCUCUGGAGUAUGAGGAAUGGCGUGUCAUAACAGGCAGUGACCCCAAGAAUACGCCAUGGUCAUAUCAUAAUGGAGGAUCCUGGCCAACACUUCUCUGGCAGUUUACACUAGCUUGCAUGAAGAUGAAGAAACCAGAGCUUGCAAGAAAGGCGGUGGCGUUGGCCGAGAAGAAGCUUUCGGAGGAUCAUUGGCCUGAAUAUUAUGACACGCGGCGUGGAAGAUUUAUCGGGAAACAGUCCAGACUUUAUCAGACAUGGACAAUUGCUGGCUUCUUAACAUCUAAGUUGUUAUUGGAAAAUCCAGAGAUGGCAUCAAAGUUGUUUUGGGAGGAAGAUUAUGAACUGCUCGAGAGCUGUGUGUGUGCAAUUGGCAAACCUGGUAGAAAGAAGUGCUCCCGGUAUGCUGCCAAAUCACAAGUGGUCUGAUGGAGGCUCGGUUUAAGGACAAGUAUCAAUAACAGAUGAGGCGUUCUUUCUAAUCCACUACUCUUUAGAUAGAGCUUCACAGUUUUAGACUGACAGUGAUUGAUUAAGAGGCUGCUGUGAAUAGCCACAUCUGGAUUUAAAACUUCUAAGAAUAAGUAUCUAGCUGACUUGAUUAGAUUUACGAGUCUGAAGACAAUAGCAGAGCAGUGUUGAACUUAUUAUAGUUUUCUUCUUGCUCUGUUUAUGGUUAGAAUCCGCAUUUCCUUUCUAACCAUAACAGCAUGAUUCUUUGUUUCUUUGGUGAGCGAACACUUUAGAACCUGGUUUGAGGAAUGAAACAGGGUGACAUUUUCUUACAUUAGUAUACAUAAACUGCCUUCUUUGCUUUUCUCUUCAA